UUGCACCUACUUCAGCAUAGAAUAGCUUUCAAUAAUGUGAUGAGAAAGCCGCGAGAUGAGCUGUUGCAAAUUUUAUGAGAGCAAAUUCCAAUGUGUGUACAGAAGAUUUAACAGGUCGCAGGGGAACUAUUGUGAACUUUUACCAACGUGCGUCUUCGACAAUGAUUAUAAAGCGCUUCUCCUUUCAUAUCACAAAUUCUUCAUCAGUGCUUUCAUCAUAUCUUUUGUCUGAAAAGGUACGGGUGAAAACAUAAUAAAAGCGUCAUACAUACUGUAUGCACAAGUGAUGACCUGUAACAGCAGCCGUGCAAGUCCGUCUUUCGUAGGCGUCAUAUCACUGAAAGGUCGCUUUGAAUUCUGAGACAUGUACAUGUACUUCAGAAGGAAAAAGUCACGAAAUUCUCUGCCAUUAUGACUUUUUGGAUCACAGCCCUGUACUUGUUGAGCGCAAACUUUCUUCUCAAAGGAUACCUGGCAGAUUCAGCGGCUAGCAACACUGGGGCCCGUGACAACAAAGGCACGGAGUUCAUUCUGACGUUCACGGAGAACCUGCAGCGUGACGAGCACGACGCGAAGCUACAGGCGGUGGGGACGACCCAGACUCCCGCCACAGUCACUGUGGAGGCUCCAGCGGUCGGAUUCACCACGACAUUUAAUGUCAGCUUCGGAGAGGUGAAGACCGUUGACUUGCCCCGUGUUGCAGUAGAACUGCGAGGUAGCGGAGUUCAGGACAAAGGCAUCCACGUCACCGCCUCCGAGGAGAUCACUGUUUACGGAGUCUUCACUGAGUCUGCGACCUCUGACGCCUUCUUGGCCCUUCCCACCGACGUCCUGGGGACGGAGCACUUCGCGUCCUGCUCCCCUCCGUCCGGCUCGUUUCCGUCUCAGAUUGGCGUCGUCGGGACGGACGAUGGGACCACUGUGAGCAUUGUGCCGAAGCAGGGCGUGACGUUUGACGGGCUGGCGUACGCGGCCGGACAGACCAUCACCGUUACACUGGACCGGCUGCAGUGCCUCCAACUGCAGAGUGAUGGGGACCUCACAGGGUCUCAUAUCACUUCCGACAAGAGCGUGGCGGUCUUCAGUGGAAACCUUUUCGUUACCGUUGGUAACGGGCGGUCUGGAUCAGGAGACCACAUAGUGGAGAUGGUCCCACCCGUGGACACCUGGGGGAGGCAGUUCGUCACCGUGCCGCUCAAAAAGAGGACGGCGGGGGAUGUUUUCAGGGUCAUCGCAGCUAGAGACAAUACACAGGUUAGGCCAUGUUGAUUUGAUUAUAUGGAUGGAUGGCAACAUCCUCUGC